CGCAGCCCGCGCGUCUGCCGCCCGUUGCCCUGGCAACUGUCGCGCCGCGUCUUCUUGUGGGAGCUCUUGUCAGCCCGCCGAUUCCACCGCCCGCUACCCACUGGCCGGUGGUCUUCGCGUGGGCCCGGAGGCGGAGGGACAACAAAAAUGGCGGAGCGGAGUCAGACGGCGCCAGAGGCAGGCAAUGAUAUGGGAAAUGAUGAUGCCAUCGGAGGAAAUGUGAGCAAAUAUAUGGUUCUUCCAACUGGAUACUGUGGACAGCCCAAGAAAGGACAUCUCAUCUUUGAUGCUUGUUUUGAAAGUGGUAACCUUGGCCGGGUGGACCAGGUCUCUGAGUUUGAGUACGAUCUGUUUAUUAGGCCUGAUACCUGUAAUCCACGCUUCCGAGUCUGGUUCAACUUUACUGUUGAAAACGUGAAAGAAUCACAGGUGAGAGAAAUAGUGAAUACCUUCAGUGUGGUUUUGAGGGUCAUUUUCAACAUUGUUAACUUCAGCAAGACCAAGAGUCUUUAUAGAGAUGGGAUGGCCCCUAUGGUGAAAUCUACCAGCAGACCAAAAUGGCAAAGGCUGCCACCUAAAAAUGUUUACUACUAUCGCUGCCCGGACCAUAGGAAGAAUUAUGUGAUGUCCUUUGCAUUUUGUUUUGAUCGAGAAGAUGACAUUUAUCAGUUUGCUUACUGCUACCCAUACACAUACACUCGUUUCCAGCAUUACCUUGACAGCCUGCAGAAGAGAAACAUGGAUUACUUCCUUCGAGAGCAGCUGGGCCAGAGCGUGCAACAGCGACAACUUGACCUCCUGACAAUAACCAGCCCUGACAACCUUCGGGAAGGGGCAGAGCAGAAGGUGGUAUUCAUCACCGGACGAGUCCACCCAGGGGAAACACCCUCUUCAUUUGUGUGCCAAGGGAUCAUUGACUUCCUUGUAAGCCAGCACCCAGUUGCUCGUGUCCUACGGGAACACCUGGUCUUCAAGAUUGCACCAAUGCUCAACCCUGAUGGAGUCUACCUGGGCAAUUACAGGUGCUCUCUGAUGGGAUUUGACCUGAACCGUCAUUGGCUGGAUCCCUCUCCGUGGGCCCACCCUACUCUGCAUGGGGUGAAACAACUCAUCAUCCAGAUGUAUAAUGACCCGAAAACAAGCCUGGAGUUUUAUAUUGACAUCCACGCCCACUCUACCAUGAUGAAUGGCUUCAUGUACGGCAACAUCUUUGAGGAUGAGGAACGGUUCCAGAGGCAGGCCAUUUUCCCCAAGCUCCUCUGCCAGAAUGCUGAGGACUUCUCCUACUCCAGCACAUCCUUCAACCGGGAUGCUGUGAAAGCGGGAACAGGCCGUCGCUUCCUCGGUGGACUCCUGGACCACACUUCCUACUGCUACACCCUCGAGGUCUCCUUCUACAGCUACAUCAUUGGGGGCACCACGGCUGCUGUGCCCUACACUGAGGAAGCCUAUAUGAAGCUAGGACGGAAUGUGGCGAGAACUUUUUUGGAUUAUUAUCGGCUGAACCCCCUGGUGGAGAAAGUGGCGAUUCCCAUGCCGAGGCUGCGGAAAGAAAAACCCCCUCCCUACAAGUACCCACUCCUGCGGGGCCUGGCCAGCAACUACCCCAACGGCAAAGGGGACAAGAAGAGCUCAGUGAACCACAAAGACCCUUCAAACUCUUUUUAAAGACAUGGAGUCCGGGGAGGUCUUGUGGGCACAGGAGCAUGCAUUUUCUGCUAGGAUAUGAAAUUAAUCACCCUUUUCCAGUUUUCCAGAUAAGAUUUUGUGGGAUAAUAAAUUGGCUAGUGAAAAGGGAGAAAAAAUGAGAAAUUUCAUCAUUGAUUUUCCCUUUUACCAAUGGAAAAUCAAUUGAGAGACUUCAGCUCAAAGCUCAGGAACAAAAUAGGAGACCUAAACCAGGCGAGUACGGAUGCUAUCUUCCACAACGUGGAGUUCCUCUCAGAAAGAGGAAAACCCACUCAUCCCUUUGUAAGAGGUUUGACACAUCUCAGGUCAGUCCUUUCGAAGCCCUUUCACAUUUUUAAGUUGUAGUUACUAUACAUGGCUACAUUUUAGAAUAGGCUAUGAUUAUUUGCAGCUUUAAAGAUGCACUAUUUGUAUUUUCUGAUCCAAAACAAAAGUAACAACAUGUACAACACAAAGACAAACGUACUGUUGGGAACAAUGGGACAGAAUUUUUGAAAUCAGGGUGAUCUUAGACAUAUGGUCACUAGUCAAUAUGCUGCUGCUUCCUGGCUCCCCCAGCCCCAGCAUGAAACUUCAGAAAACCAUGUUGAGAACUAUUUGCUAAUUACCUGGGUGAUUUAAUUAUUACCUAGGUGGUUGAAUUAUAACUUUAGCUCCAAAAGCAAAAAGGGUUGGUCACUUAUUCCAAAAGGUACAUCAUGGUUAAGAUCUCCAGAUCUGUCUGGGAACAAGCUUUUCCAUUUAAGAGAUGGGCAUUGAUAAUCUACAGAGGAAGAAGAGAAGGGGUCAGCUUGAGGGAAGGGUGACUGCCAGGUGAGGAAGAUGCAAAAGACAAAAGGAUGCACCCCAAGGCGAGCAGGAAUGAUAAAACAGCAGUAGCAACUGCCAAGGUGGUGCAAGCUAAACAUUGUUCAUUUUUCUGAAGAGUAAAGUGCCUUUGCAUGAUGAAUGGGUCCAGGGGAGUCUGCUCCCUUCCUGUCUAUAGAAGCAGCAGGCUGAGUUACCAUGACAGCCUGCUAAUUAAAAUGACCUCCCGGAAAUGAGGAUUAGGAAAUAAGGAGAGGAACGGAGACUCGAGGGAGAUGAGGCCUUUAGCACAAAGCUUCAAUUAAGCAUUCUUUUGGUUUGGUUGGAGAUUUUUAAAGUUGGUUGCAAAAAUCGAGAGCAAAGCCUGUUCUCUCUUUGCAUGUUGCUUCGCAGAAAUGAUAACAAAGAACCAUAUGUUAGCUGGCUACAAAUGCUAUGUUGUAUAUAGAGCUUCUCCCCUGGGUUCUUGUUGCCCCAAUAAAGCGGUUUGUGC